UGUUGAUAUUCACUCUGGGACUCGAACAAAAUACCAUUCACUUCAAACGCCAUCGCAUUAUUCACCUAGAUGCUGAAUCCUGAUAGCCACUUGCUUGUGUAAUAUCGAAGCAAUACGCACAGUAUGCACAUAUGCCAAUAAGAGACUGAUCAAUUUCAGUCUUAAACAUCAAUAGGAGGAUUCAAGUAAAACAAUACCAACCAUUUUGAACGAAUAAUUUAAACAAAAAAACAUUUGAUUGAAUAUACCCGCCAAAAACCAAUCUCAGUACAAUAAUCAAUUAUUCACAUAUAAAACAAAACUGUUCCUUUCAAAUAUUUGUUUAAUCGAUUUGUAUUUCGUGUUUCUUUCUGAUUGUUCUUGGAAAAAAAUACUUCUCGUCAACAAUACUUCAAGAAUAAUACAAAAUGCUUAAUGGUGAUAUAUUGCAUAUGGAAGAUAACGAUCUCCGAGAAGCUUUCAUUCUAUUCGAUGUAAAUCGUGAUGGUCGAAUAACUGAAACUGAAUUAGAAUCUGUUCUUGGAUUUCUUGGUGUUAAAACAACCCGAGAUGAAGUACGUCGAAUGAUUCAAGAUGCUGAUUGUGAUGGGAAUGGUACAGUUGAAUUUGACGAGUUCUUAAGAAUGAUGCGAAGGUAUUCUCAAAAUCAACGACCAAAAUCUUCUGAUGAUGAACUUCGUGAAGCUUUUAACGUAUUUGAUCAGAAUGGUGACUCGGUCAUUGAUUUUAGUGAAAUUAAACAAACAAUGCAUUUUUUGGGUGAAGCAGUCACUGAUGAUGAAGUACGUCAAAUGAUUAAAGAAGCUGAUUUAGAUAAAAAUGGAUCAAUUGAUUUUAGAGAAUUCAAAAUGAUGAUGAAAUCACUACGGUCACGUGAUGGUAAAAAGAAGAAAUCGAAAUAACCACUUGUUUUUUCUACGUUUCUUUUUUUCCACAUCUAAACUAAUUCCUUAUUGAUUCAUUGUAAAACUUCACCUAUUUUGUUUGUCUAUAAAAUCAAUUGAAAUAAAAACUUCCAAAAUACUCAAUUAUAUACACAUAAUUAUAUGUAUAUGUAUAUAUACUAAUAUAAUGUUUACGGUAACAGUCAAUUGACAACAACAGGUCCCAUAUAUAUAUAUAUAUAUAUAUAUAUAUAUAUAUAUGUCGUUAUCGGUAUAGUAAUUUAAGAAGCAUUACAUUUUAUCAAAAGUCUAUACACAGUACCAUAUUUUUCACGUAUUUUUAUAUGUAUGUAUGUAUGUGUGAAUGAAUAUUCUUAUUCUAUUGUAAAGACCUGGAGAAAUGUCUGCUUCCAUCACUCACUAACACACAUACACACUCGCACACACACAUACACGCACGCACACACAAAGUAUUUCGACCAUAUGUCUGUAUGUUUCUAUGGCAGCGUGCCUAUAUUCUUUAUUUCUGAAUUAUUACUUUUCCUCUUCUUAUUUUUGUGCACUUAAAGUAUCUAAUAUUUGAUUUAAUGAUUUGUUCAUCUUUUGUUUUGUUUUGUUUUUUCUUUGAUUUUUCUUCAUUUCGUAAUUGUUUCUAUUUGUCUAUCUGUUUAUCAUUUAUUUGAGAUGGACUAUAAUAAUGGAUCGUUUUUACCUUGUUUACAAGUGAAUAUUUAUUGUGGGAUUUCAUUUAUAAUCUCUGCUAUCUCAUUACAUAGACAAGUUAUGUUUGUGUUUCAUUUCUUCUGUAUUUUAUGAAUAAACAAGAAAUGAUUUCUAUAUUCUAUCUCAACUUUAAGCAUACAGAUCAAUUCGAAAAGACACAACAGUUUCUUGCCAGUGUCAUUAUCAUCAUCAUUAUCGUUAAAAUUCAUCUUCAAUCCAGCACUAUUCAGCGUGUAGAUUUGCUUUACUGUAUUACUCUGUUUCAAUUUUUCUAUACCUAUGUUUGUGUGCACGUGCGUGCGGGAGGUGUGUACGUAUAUUUGUACGUUGAUCCUUAGUCGAGAUCUCUUCCUCGAAAGUAAUCUAUUCAACAUUGUUUGUUUUUUAAAUUAUUUUUCCUAUAUAGAUAAAUGUGGUUUUCAUUGAGACCUGUGAUUAUUAUCAUUAGUACAGUUACAUAAACCAAAUGUUCUCCUGGCUCAUUGUUUUUCUCCCUCCCUCUCUCUCUCUUCUUUUUUGUAAUCAUAACAAUAAAAAAGAAUAGUGUUCAUCCAAUGGUUGCUAAUAUAUCCUUUCAUCUGUAUUACAUCCUCUUCAUUAUAUUAUAUCCAUCAUUGUUGAUUCUUAAGAUUCAAUCAUCCAACUUGAAUAUUUCCUCCGUUUAUCUACUAGAUGCAUAUACACAUUAAUAAGCAAAUAUUGUUGAGAAAGUUUCCUUUACAAAAUUAUAUAUAAUGACAUUUAACAACAAAAUAUCAUUUAAAUAACAAUUAUUAUUAUCAUUAAUACUAUCAUUACUCAUAGACUACUAAUUAUCGUAUAUCAGUAGUAGUAUUAGUAGUAAUAGUACUAGUGACUGUAGUAAUUAAUUAAUACUAAACAAACGAACACGACAAAGAAGGAAAGAAAGAAAGAAAAAAAAACGAUUAAACAACAUUCCAAAAAAAAAUUUUUUUUAAUUUCAAUCUUAGAUUUUCACAAUAGAAAUUAGGGAAGCAAACUAGUUCUUCUUUUUCUCUUUUUUUUUCUUCAUUCAAUUAUUUAUUUUGCAUGUUCAUCCUAUGUGCAUGUUUACUUAGAUCUGUAUGAAUAUGUUAAUGUAAUCAAUUUAGUUUUCUGUUUAAAAAAAUGAAAAAAAAGGACAUCAUAAAUUGAUUAGUUCAUUUUGAUAGAAAUUAACCAUCUUAAUUUCUAGAAGAAAGAAUAAACUUCCAAAAAAAAAAAAAGUUAGAUCCCCAGAACUCACUUGGGAAAUGAUCUAACAAGUAAUAGUAGUAGUAGUUGAAAUGUAGUAGUACUCUUCCUCUCCCUCCUUCUCUCCCUCUCUUCCUCUCUCUCUCUCCUUCCCACUCCAUUUACUGACUCCUCAUUUUCAAGUAGUUUAUCUUUAGAUAAUUUUGAGCUAAGGUUGGGAGAGAUUUUCUUCUAUCAUUAUCUUCCACUGUUUAUUAGAGAUUAUCUUAAACUUUAAAUGAAUUUUGUACACUUCAUUAAUGCUCUUCUCAUUUAUAAUUCUAUGAUCAUAUGAUUUAUCUUUUAACAAUCAUUUUCAUAAUAAUUUUAAUAUACAUAGACUGCAUAUAGUACUUGUGUGUAUUACCAUUAUAUAGAGAAAAAAACUGUCAUGUAAAUCCUCUACUACAUAGAAUAUGAACUUUAGCUAAUACAAUAAGGACCACUACAUAUUGUUUCUAAUAAAAUAAAUCUCUUUCUCACUAUUUGUGUUUCUAUCUCUCUCUCUUUAAGUGUGUGUGUGUGUGUGUAUCGGUGUGUGGGUGUGAGUGCAUGUGUUGUUGAGAGACAAGUUCCCCUUCAUCCCUUAUUGAUUAUCAUUAAUAUUAAUAUUAUUAUCAUCAUCAUUGUUUCAUUAUUAUUAUUAUUAUUAUUAUUAUUAUUAUUAUUAUUAUUGAAUCUGCUCAAUGAAUGAAGAAUAUUAACCAAAUUGAUUAAAACAUUAUUCUUCAUUCACAGAAUUAUCUCUUUGUAGUGAUUUUAAUUGUAUCCAUUUUGGGUUUCUCAACUUUUUAUUUUCAGUUUCUUUUUUUUUUGUUAGAAAAAAUAACAAACAAACAAUUCGAUUGAUUGAUUAAUUUGUUUUUUUGUAUUUUGUAUUUGUUUACGUUAACAUUUAAAAUUAGUAGUUGAGACAAAAUAAUAUUUUAUAGUUUAAAAAAGAAAAAAAGAUUUAGGCCACCACCACCACCCCACCCUUGUCGAUAGUGUCUCCCUAUCCUACAGCGUUUCAUCAUUUUUUAAAUAGUUGCACUACUGUUGCACUCCUGCUUUGUCACCAGUUAAUAUUGAUUGGUUGGAUUGAUAACUUGAUUGAAUCUUGAUUAGUUGAUAAAAUGAAUUUCGUAUCUAUUGUUCAGCAUCCGUUCAAUGGAAAUACUUCAAAUGUACAGAGUAAAUUUUGAUUGUUUCAUAAAGAACGUUUGUCUAUGAGCCAUAGAAAUUGAUACCGAUCUCAUAGUUACAUUUCGACAACAUCUUAGGCAUCGGACCUUCCUUCCUAAACUUCAGCUUAUAAACGCGACUGCACACUGAAAAC